GGAUGUCGAUUGUAGUAAGUGAUUCUAUGGGUAUAGAGCCCGGGCCCAACGUGCCUCCUGUUAACGGGCUUGUGAGUAUGAUGUCGGGCCAAAUCGGGGUGGACUUUGCGAGAUGCUAUUGUUGCGGGCUUACUGAGGAGUGCACCCUAACAUACACAGAAACAAUCCGAGAAAGUAUCUCUCGUAUGUUUAAAACUCCUCUUCACUAUCAAGACAAAAAAAGUCAUUACUCCGAAAAUCUCUCCAAACUCACUCCUGUCAAGCCCGUAAUCUGA